GGGUGUGUGUUUGUGUGUGCGCGCGUGUCGGGGGCGGGGCUUCCUCCCGGUAGGUGUGUGUGUGUGUGUCUUCCGGAUCCCCCGCUCUGCAGAGACCGACAUUCGGACGGAGGAGCCGGGAGGAACCGGGAGGAACGCUGACGCAGCCGGGAAAAGGGGCUCGGAUUCCGGCGAAGAGGCGGCGGGCGGCCGGUCGGAGGAAUGGCACCGCUGGAGCCCUGAGCGCCACACCUGCGGACCUGAGGGAGGACUGCAGCGGACUCCGACAUGGCCCACGUAGGCAACGGAGCGGCGGCGGCGGCGGCGGAGGAGGAGGAGGACUGUUUCCAGGAUGCUUUUGAGCACAUCCCAAGGUCCUCCAGUAUGGACCUGCACACGGCCAUCCAGGAGACUCAGUGUGCUCUCAACCUGGUCCUCAACAACAAGUUCUCCGAGGCCCUGGACCUGCUCCGACCCUGGUGGAAGGACAGCAUGUACCACGCUCUGGGCUACAGCAGCAUCCUGGUGAUGCAGGCCACCAUGACCUUUGAGCAGCGAGACAUCCAGACGGCCAUGAGGACCAUCAAGGAGGCUCUGCACACCUGCCAGAGGUUCAGGAAGAAAAACUGGAUGGUUGGGUCUUGGUCCAGUCUGAUGAGUAAACAGUCCAGCCUGCAGGAAGAGGAGAUGCACGCCGAGCUGUGCUACGCCGAGUGUCUGCUGCAGAAAGCCACGCUCACCUUCGUCCAGGAUGAGAACAUGAUCAGCUUCAUCAAGGGAGGAAUCAAGAUCCGCACCAGCUACCAGAUCUACAAGGACUGUCAGAAUGCGCUGAAUGUCAUCCAGGAAACCGACGGCCAAUCGGACGCCUUCAGACAGUUUGAGGGCGGAGUCAAGCUGGGGAUUGGUUCUUUCAACCUGAUGUUGUCACUGCUCCCUCAGAGGAUUCUCAGACUGUUGGAGUUCAUUGGAUUCUCAGGAAACAGACGUGUGGGUCUGUCCCAGCUCUCUGAAGGUUCCUCGGUUCCGUCCCUGCGUUCCGUCCUCUGCGCUCUCACGCUGCUGUUCUACCACACCUACGUGUCCCUCAUUCUGGGAAGUGGAGACGGAGAUCUGGACGAGGCCGAAGCCCUGCUGGAACCCUACAGACACAAGUACCCCCGGGGUUCCAUCAUCCUGUUCUACUCGGGUCGUCUGGCGGCUCUGCAGGGAAACUUUGACCAGGCCGGCGCCCUCUUCCAUCAGUGCAUCGACAGUCAGCAGCAGUGGAAGCAGAUUCACCACCUGUGCUUCUGGGAGCUGAUGUGGAACCACACCUUCCUGCAGGAGUGGAAGGAGGCGUACCAGUACGCUGCCCUGCUGUACUCCCACAGCCGCUGGUCCAAGGCCAUCUACCUCUACCAGAAGGCGGCGCUGCUGAGCAUGAUGUCAGAGGAGCAGGUGACGGAGACGGGCGAGGACGUGGUGGAGCUCUUCAGGCAGGUGGAGGGCUUGAAGCAGCGUCUUGCUGGAAAGUCCAUCCCUACGGAGAAGUUUGCCAUCAGAAAGUCUCGACGCUACAAGUCCAGCAGCCCGGUUCCGCUGGUUCUCCCCGCUCUGGAGAUGAUGUACGUGUGGAACGGGUUCACCAUCGUGGGGAAGCGAGCCGACUGUACCGAGGCUCUGCUGGUGACCAUCGAGACGGCCGAGGAGAAGCUGAGGAACCACCCCGACUCGUCAGAGUUCUAUGUGGACGACAGCUGCCUGGUCCAGAUGCUGAAGGGUCUGUGUCUGAAGAACCUGAACCGGUUCCUGCAGGCGGAACUCUGCUUCACACAGGUUCUGUCCAGUGAGAGCCGGAUCCGCUACGAUCACUUCCUGGUUCCGUUCACGCUCUACGAGCUCGGUCUGCUCUACAAGCAGCAGGGAGACUUCACCAAGGCCGCCGCCUACAUGGAGAACGCCAAGAACAACUAUAAGGACUACUCUCUGGAGUCCAGGCUGCACUUCAGGAUCCACGCAGCUCUGAACAGCCUCAAAGGUUCUCCUGUCCGCACGCCGUGAGACGCCUGAGGAACGCCUCUCAGAGAACCUUCAGAACCUUAAGAGAACCUUGAAGUACCUUCACAGAACCAAAUAUAUUAUGAUAUAUAUGAGUGAAAAUGCUAAUGUUCUCCAGCUAGCAGCAGCUAGCAUGAUGGUUAAAAUACGCUAAAGCAAGCAGAACGUUCCCGUUCCUGAUCGUUACGUUCUGACGUGAACGGUUCUAUUUCUUUGAAGGAUUUUAUCCAGAUUGAAGAUGUGCGACAUUUGUAACGGCCGGCCUUCGUUCUCUGAUGAAUGUACCUGAAGACCAAAUCUGUGUGUGUGUGUGUGUGUGUGUGUGUGUGUGUGUGUGUGUGUGUGUGUGUGUGUGUGUGUGUGUGUGUGUGUGUGUGUGUGUGUGUGUGUGUGUGUGUGUGUGUGUGUGUGUGUGUGUGUGUGUGUGUGUGUGUGUGUGUGUGUGUGCGCGUGCACGAUAUUUACCCGUGUGUCUUUGUGCCUGUAAAUGUUUACGUGGGAUUUUAUUUCUUCAUGUGGAACAUAAAAGUGCGAACUUUCAUCAUAAUAAAAGAACCUGAA